AUGGAAGGUGGGUCCAGGUUAGAGAGAGAAACCAAGGAUGCUGGGGGAAAGGGUGAGAAGCUUGGAUCCAUUUUGGAUCCCAAAAUCGAGCCGUUCGUGCCGAGAAAAGGAUACGACCCGAGAGAGUUGAGGUCUUGGGCCAAGAGAACUGGUUUUGUGUCGUCGACUUUCUCCGGUGAGACUGAGAGGAGUAUGAGUGGAAGGAGAGAGUUGACUGAGGGGAGGAACAUUGGCAAUAGCAGUAACAGUGGUGCUAAUGAUGGAUUUCGUAGUAGGUUUGAUUUGGAGAAGGGUGUACUUGAGAGGAAUGAGUCUAUUUCACCCACAAUUGAGAUAGAUCCUGUUCUGGGGAGGACUAGAAAGAGAGGGGAUGAGAUUGAGCCGGCUUCGGGAGGUGGCAGAGGCAACGGCGGUGGGGACAGAAAUGGAAUUUUGGGGUUUAGAGAUGGAGGUGUGAGAGGUGAGGCUGAAAUGUCGAGGAAUGAGGUAGAGGAGAUGAACUUGGGGGCGGUUAAUGCAUCGAGAAUGGAUGGGAUUAAUGGGCAUGAAAAUGGCUCCACGAACAAGAAUGAGCCCGCCUUUGGUACAAAUGGACAUGGUAUAGAGCGAAAGACGGGUGAUGAAGAUUUGGGAGGAGGAGGAGGAGUUGGUGGUGAUGUGUAUCCUGAUGGAGAUGAUUUGGGUGAUGGUGGAUGGCAAGCUUCACCAAAAAUGGCGUGUGGGAUGAAAGAUAAUCCUGGCUAUGUGCCCGCAAUAUUCUACGGUUUGCAACACUAUUUAUCUUUGGCUGGCUCACUUAUUUUCAUUCCUCUGAUAAUUGUACCUGCAAUGGGGGGAACUGAUAAAGAUACUGCAACUGUAAUUUCAACUAUGCUGCUGUUAUCUGGCAUCUCAACAAUACUGCAUACGUACUUCGGCACUCGCCUUCCACUGGUUCAAGGCAGUUCGUUUGUUUAUUUGGCUCCUGCAUUAGCUAUCAUGAACUCUCGAGAAUUUCGGAAUCUUACUGAACAUAGGUUCAGGCACAUCAUGAGAGAACUACAGGGGGCUAUAAUUGUUGGCUCAAUUUUCCAGAGCAUUAUGGGAUUCAGUGGGCUGAUGUCUCUUCUCUUAAGAUUCAUAAACCCUGUUGUGGUUGCACCCACAGUUGCAGCAAUGGGUCUAGCUUUUUUCAGCUAUGGCUUCCCUCAAGCCGGCGCCUGUGUCGAAAUUAGUCUUCCAGAGAUCUUUUUGGUUCUUGUUUUUACCUUGUACCUUAGAGGUGUAUCUGUGUUUGGAAACAGAGUUUUCCGUAUCCACGCGGUUCCGCUGAGUGUUGUGAUUAUAUGGAUAUAUGCGGUUUUUCUGACAGCUGGUGGGGCCUAUAACUACAAAGGGUGCAGCCCAGACAUACCCAGUUCCAAUAUUCUAAUUGAUGCUUGUAGAAAGCAUGCAUAUACUAUGAAGCACUGCAGAACGGAUGUUUCUAAUGCAAUGAGAACAGCUGCAUGGGUCCGAAUUCCAUACCCAUUUCAAUGGGGUAUUCCUAUAUUCCGGUUGCGGACUUCAAUUAUUAUGAUCUUUGUAUCGAUUGUUGCAUCGAUCGAAUCGGUUGGUACAUAUCACAUUGCAUCCAUGAGAGUCAAUGCAAAGGCUCCAACACCAGGUAUCGUGAGUAGAGGAAUCGGGUUAGAAGGCUUUUGCAGUGUCUUGUCUGGAAUUUGGGGCUCAGGUACCGGGUCAACUAGUCUGACAGAAAAUGUGCAUACUAUUACCACAACUAAGGUUGCAAACCGAUUGGUUGUGGAGGUUGGCGCAGUUUUCUUGAUCCUCUUCUCAUUUGUAGGUAAAGUAGGUGCUGUACUUGCUUCCAUACCACAAGCUUUAGCAGCUGCCGUCCUCUGCUUCAUGUGGGCCCUGGUUGUGGCAUUAGGUCUCUCGACACUUCAAUACACUCAGACAUCAAGCGUCAGAAACAUAACAAUAGUGGGUGUCUCGUUAUUCCUUGGUUUGUCAAUCCCAGCAUAUGUUCAGCAGUACCUACCGGAAUCGAGCCUGAUUCUGCCCAGUUAUCUUAUCCCUUAUUCGGCUGCUUCUGAUGGACCAGUCAACACCGGGAGUAAAGAACUUGAUUUUGCUAUCAAUGCACUUCUUUCUCUGAACAUGGUUGUGACACUGUUGAUCGCGUUCAUACUGGAUAACACGGUUCCAGGGAGCAAGCAGGAAAGAGGAGUUUACAUUUGGUCAAAUGCCGAAGAUUUAGCAGCAGACCCAUCUUCGCUCGCGGAUUACAGCCUCCCGACAAAAGUUUCCCGUUUUUGUAGUUGGGCAAAAUGUUUGGGUGUUCGUUAA